AUGGCCCGGGGAUUGAUCCCGCCCUGUCGGUUGCACUUGGGUGCAUUCGGGUGGGGAUGUGGCACAGGCGAGAGCCCGAGCUUGGGAUCGCCCCACUCAGGCCAAAGCUCCACCCCAUGCAGCAGCUGCUGCUGCAUCUGCACCUGCCCUGCGGCCCUCGAGACAUUUGGUGCUCCUGCCUCUCUGUCUGUCCGUACACGUCCCGCUGCGAUCUUGAGCUUGGCAAAAGUAUCUAACAACAGAACAUACGGGAAGACAUGA